UUCGUGUCAAGUUCGUGUUUUGUUUUGUCUGCAAAGGGGACGGGCAGCAACCAACGAUGGCGGACUUGGAAGAGCACAUACAGCAGCUUCAGAGGGGAAUAAAUAAGACUAUCAACAUUGAAGAUCUCACACCCGAGGAAAAAUGGAGACUGGAGCAUAUAAAAAUGCACGAGAAACACAAAGGGCACGAUGCCAUGCACGCCGAGAUGAUAUUCAUCCUGAUUGUGACCCUGAUAGUAGCUCAGGUGGUGCUGGUUGAAUGGAAGAAGCGGCACUUCCGGUCGUACCAAUUUGUCUCUCUACUAGGAAUGUGGGUUAUUCCUUUGGCGCUAAGUCUUCGUAACCAAUGGUGGCGCUUUAUUUUCUCUUGGCUGCUUUUCUCCUGCAUCACAGGACUGGUUGUUCGAAAAGCUCUUCAGAAACCAGUCGAAGGAACCACACCAAGGUUGGUGUACAAAUGGUUUUACUUCAUCUACAAGGCGAGCUACUUUUUCGGCAUUCUGGGAUAUGCGGUGAUGAUGCUGACCUUCUUCGGCUUCAACCUGCUUUUCAACGCCAAGCCGAGCACUUGGAUGGACUUUGGUUUGCUCAAUCUCUUCUAUGGCCUGUACUACGGCGUCCUCGGCAGGGACAUUGCCGAGAUCUGCGCAGAUAAAAUGGCCUCUCACAUUGGGUAUUACACUCCUCAUGGCAUGCCAACAAGACAGCUUGAAACCAACAUGUGUGCAAUUUGUGGGAAUAAGUUGCUUGUGUCCACCGAGGAGGAGGGUGUCAUCGAAAACACUUACAAACUCAGCUGUGAUCACACUUUCCAUGAGUUCUGCAUCCGAGGCUGGUGCAUUGUCGGCAAGAAGCAAACCUGCCCCUACUGCAAGGAAAAGGUGGACCUGAAGAAAAUGUUUUGCAACCCGUGGGAGCGGCCGCACGUCCUCUACGGGCAGCUGCUUGACUGGAUCCGCUGGCUCGUCGCCUGGCAGCCGCUGAUCCUCUUUCUAGUCCAGGGCAUCAACUGGGUCCUCGGACUUGAGUGAACUCGUCCAACUAUCGUUGGCACUCGUCUGAAUUAUUCCUUUCACAGACUUGACACCUUUGAAGGAAACUAGUCUCACAGUUUUGUAUGAAAACUGCAUUCUGGCUCCUUCAGGAAAUAAUUAUGCAGAGUGGAUGUAAAAAUGUUAUUUGUAUUGUUCAAUGUGCCUCUCAUCUCUUACAAAAGGGAGAACAACUAUAAUUAUUGAAUGUGAGCCCUGUGCGCAUGAGUCGUGUAUUUUCGGCAUAUUAUACGUAUAUUAUACGCAUAAUUUUGGUAUAGCCUAGAUGGUGUAUAGACGUAUAUUACACGUCUAAAAUGUCCGUCUAAUAUACGUGUAAUAUGCGCAUAGGCCUACACCGUGUACGCUAAACGCUUUUUAAGCGGCUUUUAUACCUCUUUAUAUUUUCGCGUUCUUUUUAUAUUUCUAUUAAUUAUUUCAGCAGGUAUUUUCGUAAUUAUCAUUGAAAGUCAAAUUUAUAGCAAUAUUCGUUUUAUUUAAAUAGCUCUCACGUAAAUUCCAUAUAUCACAAAAAUUUCCAAGUAUUAACACAGAAAGUAAUUUAACAUAAACAGUUCCAUACCAUUAAAGAACAAAAUACAUCGAAGAUCGAAGAACAAAUUAAAGAGUUAGAUGGUUAAUUAAAAUUUUUGCAAUAUAAAUUUGAGAUAUUUUUAACACUAUAUUUUCCAUUAACUCCAUGCAAAAAGUACAGAGAUUUCUUAAAUUAUCCCCACUAAAUCAGGUACGAUACUACUUUUAUUUUUAGUAACUAAAGCAGUACCGAAUACAACAUUUUUGAAUUAAAAGAUUUUUUUAAGUAUUACAUUACCUACAAAUAACUAAGUGGAAGACUGCAUAAUAAAGGAAUACACUAUUUAAUUUAAGCCCCCCCAAAAAAAAGAGUUCAUAAAUUAAACAAAACCAGCAGCACACAUUUAAUGAAUGGUAUAUCAUUCCUUCCUCUCUUUUUUGAAGGGAAAAUUAAAAAUAUUAAUUAGUUCAAAAGAAGCUCAAGCGUCAUUAAAAAAGCGACGGCUAGGCCAGAUCAUGACAAUUUUUUCAUGAAUAGCGUGCUCACUUUGGAGGUUCAAAUAGUAUCUGAUUGAACAUCACUUAAAUUAUGGAAGUCAAUAAAAUAAUUUUCAAAAUUGUCUUCGUUAUAGAGUUUUCAGAAUUGUAUAUCUUCUUAUUGCCCCGUCUUCAUUUUUCUGCUCUGCCUUGGCGCUGACUGGCUGUUGGCAAGUAUGUCUAUUUCAGUGGCAUCACCAUUGCAAUCUUGCUGUUUCUCUACAAUGAAAAAAAAAUCUUAUUAAAGAGUGCAAAAUUUGAAUAUUGUCAAUAUAUU